GGAAAGUAACCGAUCUACUGGUCCAGUUGAUAUUUGUCGAUUACUGAUAUCACCGUCGCGACACGACAUAUGUCGCGAGGAAUCAAUGACACGAUCGCUUUUUAUUUUCCAAGUCGCACACAGAUGACUCGGGCUUUUCUUUUCUCAAACGAGCUUUUUCGAUUAGUUUGAAUUUUUCUCCUGUAUAAUUACAUACAUCCUUUCUCCUUCUUUCUUUUCUAUUCAGCUAUUUUUGCAAUAUUUAUUCACUCGGAUAACGAUCCGCGUGAAACUGGAGCAAAUUAUUAUUAUCAGCAGAGUAAUAAAUUACUCUUUCAACUUUGUUAUUCCCGUGUGUAUCGAGUCUUUAAAUUGAAUUAGAAACUUAUUUGCCAAUAAGAGAUAGACGCUCGAGCAGCUUCUUUGUCUGCGAACCUCGAUUAUUCAGGCGCUGGAUUUUUUUGUCUGGCAGCGAUCAGCUUAAUGUCAUCGGUCUCUUUUUACUCAUUAACUCGUUGGUCGUAAAAGAAAAAUCGUCGAUUCUCCCAUCGAUUCUCGAUCGGCGGUCACCCAAUCGAGAUUCGACGACGGGGAUCCCCGGGCGCUCCCGAGUCAUCUCGUAUACGCGUGUCGCCGGCACGCACGUCCGCCACCGACACGCGUGAUAGGCACGGCACUGCCUAUUGACGUCCGCGGUAGGCGUGGCCUCGUCGUGGCCGAUAGAGGGAUAUAUUUACCGCGCGCACGACUUUUCUCUCUCGUGCGCCAACGCAACAGCGACGCGACGCGACGCGGCGCGACGCAACGUAACGUAGGUAACGCAACGCGCGCACGACGCAGGGAAAGAAGGCACCGGAGGCCUCCUCUCCGCGCGUGUCGCAUAACUCUUCCUCUCCUGCCCGGCGAUCCGACGAUGCGUGCGACAUACUCGCGGCGCGACAGCGUUGAGGUCGCACGGUGCGCGAGAGCGGCUUCCUCUCGACGCGGGGGAUGACUCUGCUCCUCGUUCUCGUCCUCAUCGCCACGGCGUGCGCGAUAUCUGUGUUUAUCUCUUACGCGGCGCUUCGCUUUCCCCGAAAGGCGCGAGAAGAAGAGGCUCGGCGACGGUGAAGAUCGAAGAAGAGGGCCGGCGAGAGAGAGAAAACCGAGCGCGCAUGGAAAAAACGGAGGAAUAGUGACGUAGCGAGGAGACAGUUCGACAGACAGAGAAAGAGAGAGUGAGAUAGGUGCGUAGACGACCGAUCGCGAGGCCGAGUUAGUAGUGUGCGAACGACGUGCGCGGCCGCCGCCGAUCGUCGCGCGGCCGCGAGUGCUGCCAGUGUCCAUUCGUCGUCGUCGUCGUUAUCAUCAUCAUCAUUAUCAUCAUCAUCAUCAUCAUCGUCGUCGUCAGUAACAGUGCGGUGUAGUGCGGUGCGAUUCGAGUGUCGACAGGCCGUGACUCCGCGCACCGGAGUCGUCAUCCGACAACAGUCGUCGCGGUGCCGACAAUCGCGCCCUCGGGACGAGAGGCAAGAGACUCGGGAACCGAGCUCCGGAGGCAGAGGCACCACCGUCCGAUCGCGAGAAUGGCGGGCAACAGCGUCCCGGUUCUCCUCAUCACCGCGAAUGUCGGCAGCAUCUUCGAAGAGCCUAGUGUCAUGCUGAAGAUAUGGACGGAAGAGUUUUUAUCGACCAUAUCGAAGCUGGAUCCGAAAUUUAUAGCGCUGCACUGCCAAGAAGUAGGUGGAAAGAAUUACGAGCAAAGUAUGAGGCACGUGGAGGACUUUGUUAGAUUACUUAUGUCGUCAGAGGAGUUAAGGUUGUUUGACAAAAUUAGGGUAUUCCUUGACGAGGAUUAUUCAUCCGCUGAACAUUUUACAGCUCUAGGAAAUUUCUACUUCGUGCACGAAUCCUUAAGCGACGUUUUAUUGUGGGAUUUUAACGAGUGCACUUUUAUACCCGUAAACGGAAAAGAAGUCCAUUCGGGCAACAUAGAAGCAGUUACUACCAAAGAGAAAGCAAAGUUCCCUCAAGAAUUCUUCCCAGAAUGCAAAUGGUCCAGAAAAGGUUUUCUGCGUACCCGAUGGAGUAUUAGUGGAACAGUUUUUGAUCUCAUAAACAUACAUUUAUUUCAUGACGCGAGCAACUUUAUUGCUAUGGAGAUGUUUCCGUCGGUAUACAGUAAAACACGCAGAAGAGCGCUCGAGCACACGUUAGAUAAAUUUCAUAAUGACAAGUACCCGAAUGUGCCGUAUUUUUUAUUUGGUGACUUUAAUUUUAGGACAGACACCGCAAGUGUGAUUAAGAAACUGACAGAAGAUACUCAAGAAAGGAGGUUAUCAAAUAAGGGAAAUAUUUCGAAGUUGCAAUUUCACAAUAGAGACGAUGAUCUCAUAUUAACGUUAGGGAAAAAGGAAUUUUCUCACUACGAACAUCAAAAUGUAUUCAUGAAGAAUGGCGGUGAAUGGUUACGCGAAUAUGAUAAAGAACUGGAAGACUUUGAGGGAAGAUUAUUCGAGUUUCCAAUCAAUUUUGUGCCAAGUUAUCCAUUUCAAGAGGAUAUUAAUGAACCUAUAAAUUAUAUGCAAACAAGAGUGCCGGCUUGGUGCGAUCGGGUUUUAUUGAGCCCCACUGCGAAAACGCUAGUCCAAGAUAUAGAUGAUACCGAGGCAGUGGAAUAUGGUAUAAUCGGGCCAACCACGUGCAUGGGUGAUCACAAGCCAGUCUACUUGAAGGCUAAUCUCAUCUCGGACGCAGGUAUGAUAGACUGCUGCAAUUUGCCAAUUGCACCUGAGUUUUGCUUCCGAGUGCCGAACAGUUACCUGGAGUUGUUGUCCAUGUUGCCUGAUUGUAAUAGUAUUACUUACGCUAACGCGCGCUCAGAUUUUAUUGACCGUUCGUCUAAUCUGUUGCACGCAAUACCUGUUAAGCAUGAUCCCUACACGCCAGAUAGUAUGGACAGUCCAAGUCCGAAUGCGCUAAUGGCUUCCGGAGAGGUCCCAGAUCUAUAUACAGAUCACAUCGACAACAACAAUAUUGGAAAUGACAACGCAACGUCAAUACCACCAUCUACUCAAACGAAUGCGUCGAGGCGGCAUAUUGAUCGAGCUGUGUCGCCGGCUUUACUAAAAUCCAGAUUAGAGCUGAUCGUGCAAAAUAAAAAGCACGAAGACGCGGAUCUGGAAGUAGACCACUCGGAUAUUAAAAGGAGUCCCAGCGAGUGCCAUUUGCGUUCCUGGUCCGAUACCGAUGAUCAAUGGUGCGUGAGAAAAAACAGAUGCAACAGUGACGUGUCAUGGCAACGAUCCCACGUUUUAACAGAAGCUUGGGUCCAGAACAAGGGUCAGCAAGGCUAUCAUUCCUUUAGUAAUUUUGUGAACCGAUCUUCCUCGAACUCGAGUCCUCCGGAUAUCGUCGAUGGAAUACCGCCUGAUCUGAUUAUACCGCGAAUAGCCAUAAUAAAUGCAAGUAAUUUCGAAUCGAAUGCGAGCUCUGUGUAUUUCCACGAUGACAGAUUGAGCAAUUGUUCGGAAAACAAAUUGAGCACGUACUCGGAUGGUCGUACAAAAACAUUGAGCGGCGAGGCUGUGAGUUCAGAAAAGUCAGAUGAGAUUUGCGAUAAAAUGGAUGAUGAAGAGGACAACAGAUUGAGCCCGAAUACGGAUAGAAUGAUAGGAACGAAGAAUGACGCAUAUUCGAAAGAUCACGUUGAGUUAUCAUCGAGUAAAGAUUUGUAUUUUGAAGAUGACAAUAAGAAAUUCAUCGAAGACGACUGCGAUAUAUGCAAAGAGACGAAAUGUCAAAUAAUAGAAACGCCAGCUCUUGUGAGCAAUGUGUUUUAUGUAAAGAACGAUAUUGUUUCCGAUAGAGUAAAUAAUAAAUCGACCACGGAACAGAACGUUGCAGAUGAAUCUUGUUUUAAGCACAUACAAUGCACUGAUAUUUUGUUGGAAAAUCAAUCUAGUUCUGCAUUACGAAUACGAGAUAAAUGCAAUGCAAAUCCAAACAGAACAAACAUGAAAGUCAGCGAUGCAUCGGACGAGAGAGCCGACACGGAAACAGAGCCUCUCAGAAAUCAAGAUUGUGACAGCCAUGUGAUAAAGAUAUAUCCGGAUAUACAUGCGGAUUAUGCGGUAAGUCACGACGCAGACAUUAUCAGUUGUGAGAGCAAGCAAAAGGUGUGCACCUCGAAGAAUACGACAAGAAGCAAUUCAGCGCACAGUCAGGAUAUUAGUGAUCAUGCAGGAAACAUUAGAUUAAAGUUGAAAGCUUACAGAGUCACUGAACGAUAUAAAAGCAACAUUAUAGAAAGACGGACUAGAUGUAGAAAGUGUUGCUGUGUAGUAUCCUGAGGAUUUGCUUUAAUCUGCAUUUUAAAAUUUGUGUAUAAUGUUCCUCGUUUAUUUAUCGUAACGUUAUAUCCAUGCCGAAUCAAGAACAGAGAAAAUAUCGAUUAUUUUUUCUAACAGAAAGUAUCGCGCAAAUUUGACUAUUUGUGCGAGCGGAACUUCUCCGUUCUUGAUUUGUCACGGAUGCACCAAUCGCCAUCGUAGCGAUGGGUAACCUUUCUUUCUACUUACAUAGAGUAUUUCUUUUAUAAACUUUAUUUCCUCGUCCUUGUGCUAUUUUCUCGAUGUGCUAUAUACUGAUCGAGAUAGAGCAUUUAUAGUCAUCGCUUAGUGUAAAACUAUAAUUUAUUUUCACAUGGUGUGUAUAUUAUUUUUGACGGUGUGCCUAAUUAAUCGCGAAUACAUUAGAUUCCUUAAACAUAUCGAUUUAUAGAUCAUUGAAUGAUCAUUGAAGGAACCGCAUAUCGCGAAAAGACAUUUUGUAUAUUUAUUAUCAUUUAAAUGACCUAAGACAGAGGGAUAAUUUUAGUCAGUAACGGUUUCUCUCUUGUGUCGUGAAAUAUGAAUUUUGCACUCGAGUUUGUGCAUGCUACGUGAAACAUUUCGAUGUGAAACGAUGUUCUGCAUGUGCAUGGUACUGUAAAUGUGAUGUUCCACGCAUAUUUCUUAGAGAAUACCCGAGUGAUAUAUACAAAAUUGUUUCCUCCGUUAUAGUCGUACAAUUUAUAACCAGUAUAAUAACGUUACGUAAUGUUACAUUAAUUAGAGCGGGUGGUUAAAAGUAGUAAUAUACCGCUAUACAGUGUCGAGCAAUACGUACGACUGAUGAAAUCGUUACCAGUAUAUGAGGCACCUUUUGCGAGCAAUGCUAUGUUAUCCUAUUUUUACAUAAAAUCCAUGUGCCCAAUAAGGUACUCGUUUUCAAGGAAAUUAUUACCUCGCAGUGUUCUUGUCCUUGAUUAUUAUAUCCUUUUACAUACUACAUAUAUAUGAUUAUUAUGAUAUUCGAUCUUAGAUUUAUUUAGGUUACAUGUAUACAUAUAUAUGGAAGAUUUUAUUUAUUGUGUGAUCAUAAGCUAUAUCUCAUCUUGUAAUUGAAUAGUAUUGCCGUAUCGUCUGUGUCGUUCUAAUAUUUCGCGUACGUGUCACUUUCGUUCCACGAUGGUAUGAGGAAGGACUUACGGUGAUAUUGCAAAACUAGUAUGUCUUUUUACUUUUUUUUUUUUUUUUUUUCUUUUUUUUUUUUUUUUAGUAGCGUUACACGCUAACGUAUUGUCGCCGUCAUACGUACCGCGCUCUUGCCAAAAGGAUAUCUGUCUAGAUUUUCUUUACGAGCGUGUGGACUAAGUGGACUUUACUGCCAAAGCAAAAUUCGUUGUAGCUCGUUAAGCGAGAAGAUAAUUUUUCUGUGACGGAGAUUGGGAUGUCGGCCUUGUGAAAGCGACAAUGACGGAGGAUUUGCUUCGUUCGGUUUUUUUUUAUUCUUUUUAUCAUUACGUUGCCACGUCAUUGAUCAUCCGGGGAAAAAUUUCAGGAGAUCGUUAGAUACGAAUAUCCGGCGUUUAUGUGCGGAUGAAUAUGCCAUCGUAACGAAGUUUUUAAUUACGGAAAAUUAGACGCGUCGCGCGAACCGGAACAGACGUAAAGAGGAUUCCUUGAAGGUUCCCCGUCAGACGGAAGUUCGAGCUUACUUGUGAUUUUAGCGUGCAUUACUCCAUGUACCUCAGUUUGCAAUUGUCGGUGCUACAAUCUGAGAUUCUCUUUUUAAUAGAAUGACGAAAAGCAUGGAGGAUGUAUUGUCGAGCGUAUCGCGGACGAAAACAGAAAGAACAAUGCGAUGACGGGUGGUUCGGCGAUAGAUCGAUAACAAUGAUAUCUGAUUACAUUCGCGAUCUUCGCUCGAAUUUUCUUGCCACGAGGCAAGACAUGGAGUAAUGUGACAAUUGUUACUUAACGUUAUACCUCUCCCGUACGCCGAAACGAUCCCGAGGCGAAUCUGCUCGGGGGAUCUGCGUGCACGUUUGCAACGACAAUUGCCCGAGCAUCAUGUCAGUCGUUUCCGAUUUGCCAUACUAGUUUUAAAACGACGAAUCUGCAAGCCGACGAAGCCGAGCUCAGAUUCCGACACUGUUGUACUGCAAUUUUGUUUAUUUUCUACCGCAUAGGCUGAUUAGAAUGUAUCGCGAGAGUUCCCCUUGUUUGCGGAGUGUAAAUAAUUCGUUGACAACACCCUAUGCGUAUAUUUGCCCAAUUUUGUAAAUAUAAAUUUAUUUUUCAUACACGUGAA